AUGGCGAAGGGCCUGGGCGGUGGAUAUGCCCCUGUCGCAGGUUUGUUGAUGAAUCACAGAGUUGCCGAUGCUCUCACAAGCGGCACUGGACAUCAAGGGGCUCUCCUUGAGAAACUCCUGCAUGAACACCUUGACGAACACCCUUAUGUGGGCAACAUCAGAGGAAGAGGCCUCUUUUGGGGGAUCGAAUUUGUGUCCGAUAAAGCGACGAAGGAGCCAUUCCCGCGGUCCUUUGAUAUAGCUAAUAAGGUGCAUCUGAACGGCCUCAAUGAGUUCGGUAUCAGCCUCUACCCAGGUAACGGUACAAAGGAUGGAACUCUGGGGGACCAUGUUCUGCUUGCUCCCGCAUAUACCAGCACGGCGGCAGAAAUCGAGGAAAUAGCCGCAAGGACGAAGGACUCCAUCCUUUGCACGUUCCAAGACCUUUGA